AUGAAAAAGAUGGUUUUGGUGACUGGAGCGACUAGUGGCAUCGGCCUGGCUCUGUGUGAGCGUCUCCUCUCACACGACUCGGAGGGUGUCCGGCUGUGUCUGGCCUGUAGGAACAUGCACAGGGCCGAGGCCGUGCACUCUGCCCUCCUCGCCUCUCACCCUGAAGCCCAGAUAGACUUGCUGCAGAUGGACACCAGCAGCAUCUCCUCUGUCCUCAAUGCUGCGCGAGAAGUCAAACUCAGGUACGACAGGCUUGACUGCCUCUACCUGAACGCAGGCAUUAUGCCAAACCCAGAGCUUGACAUAAAGGCCUUUUUUAAAGGUCUGUUCUCCAGCAAAGUCAUCACUAUGUUGGCCACCGCUGAGGGCAUUUUGACCCAAAAGGAUGCUGUUACCUCUGAAGGCUUGCAAGAAGUUUUUGCUACCAACCUGUUUGGUCACUUCCUUUUAGUCAGGGAGCUGGAGCCGGUCCUGUGCCGUCCUGGCCGAACCUCGCAGCUGAUUUGGACCUCAUCUAGUAACGCACAUCGGUCAGCCUUUAAUCUUGAUGACAUGCAGCAUGAGAAGGGCACACAGCCGUACAGCUCCUCAAAAUAUGCCACAGACCUGCUCAGCCUGGCCCUGAACAACCACUUCAACAAACAGGGUUUGUACUCCUCUGUCAUUUGUCCUGGUUUUGUGAUGACCAAGUUGACCUACGGCAUCCUGCCGUCCUUCCCGGCCUUCCUCUGGACCAUGCUCCUGCCUUUGUUUCGGCUGAUAAGAAUAAUCACCAACACUUUCACAUUGUCUUCUUAUAACGGAGCUGAAGCUUUGUUUUGGCUUUUUAAGCAAAAACCUGAAUCUCUGGACCCGUAUGUCAAAUACCAGAGCUUAACUUCAGUGCUUGGAAACAACUAUACAAAACCUUGUAAGAUGGAUAUACAUUUGGAAACUUCUGUGUUAUUUUAUAAGAAGUUACUUCAACUAGAAAGUGACUUGAGGAAAAAACUGACGGACAAAGAAAAGGAGAGCCAUCACAGAAGAUCUCCAGGAUAUGAAUCUUCAUGCACAUCUCUCUGUACAAGACAGAGGACAUUCGAUGCCAGACUCGAUUCAGACUGUUGA